UUUUUCAUAGCUUUUUUUUUUUUAAAAAAAGGAAAUGCAAAAGCACAUAUGAAAGUGAAGGUGUUCAAUGGGUUUUGAAUUUCCAGAAAAAAACAGUCGUAAAAGUACUACACAGUUUUUUACAGACAAAACAAGAAAAUACUUCCUGUUGUUUUUUUAGAGACAUAAAAGACCCGUCAGUGUUCGACUUCCUGAGCCAAACAAUUAGGAAAUCACCAGGACUCUAAAGCUUGAUUGCAUGCCAGGAAAGCAGUUCAAGUAUUUUGUUAAACUUCUUUGGACCUCGGAUUCAUCAAAAAGGUUUUUUUAUAUUAAAAGCUGCAAAAGGAUUCAGCCUGUGUAGAUGUUCACCUUCCUGGACGACAACCACCCACCCAGCCAGAGCUGCAAUAGAGUGGUUUAAAUCAAAGUAUAUCAAUAUUACUGAACAUAUUACUGAAUGUUCUAGCCAAAGUGCAAACCCAAAUCCAAAUGAGAAUCUGUUGAAAGACUUGAAAAUAGUUGUUCCGUUACAUUUCUCUCCCAGUCAGACAGAGCUUUAAAUAUUUAGUAAAAAAUGACGGUCAGAAGCUGGAAAAAGUAUUAGAUUCAUAUUCCUACAGACUAACAAUUGUAAUUCUCUGCAAGGAAAGGUUUUUGUACAUUUUAUUGACUUGGGUUUUUAAAUAAAAAAAAUACAUGCAGCACAUUCGGUUUAAAAAAAAAAAAAAGUAAAAUUUUACUAUUUAAAAUUUUACUUUGUGUUUCUAAUGAAGCACAUUGUUGUCAAGUGACAAAAUGGUAAAUGUUAUUUAUGGUGAGAUAAUAUUUAUAGUUACUGAGUGAGUCAAAUAAAUGAAAACCUCACUAUCUUUAGACGAAAUAGCUGCCAGUUCACAAGUUUGAUAUAAGUAAGACAUUCUCUGUGAUUUGGCAGCUUACAGGUUUAAAUAUAAACAGUGACAAACAAUUUCAUCUCCCUGUGUUGGAGGGCCACAAAAUCAGCUCACAUUCUGCUGCUGAUUUAGUUAUUCAGAGGGCUGAGGACAGAGCUGCAAACCUGCACUUUGUCAGGUUGACAGAGAAUUAAACAGCAACUCUUGUGAGAAGCCACAAAGUGUCAUCAGACAUUUGUGUGCUUUAUGAAAUGUUAAACAGUCGUUAAUAACGAUCAGUUCACCGAUGUAAGAGACAUGACUUUGGAAGAUGCACAAUGCACAGACUGGUUUCUUGUUAAAAAUCUGAGUACUGAUACGGUAGAUAUAAAUGAAAAAAUCUCAUCUCCACUGGGAAAGUCAUGUGAUGUGAUGGCUCACGUUUCUUUUCUGCCAAAAGGGGCAUUCUUUUUGAUUUUUAAGAGAGUGAAUGUUACCUGAACAAGUACUCGGUUCAUCAGUCUUCUUACUGCCAAAAUAACUGAGGAAAAAAGCCAGGAUAGCCACUCUUCUCUCUUAUUCUGUCCACUCAUUCUAGUAAAAAACACAAACAUCUGAGGUAAAUGUCCAUCUUUAAAUAUCUGUAUUAAGACAUAUAAGCAGGCAUGUUUCCCUAUCUUUGUUCUGUGUCUGUCCCUGUCUUUCUUUUUGUCCCCAUCCUGGGUAACAGGUUGAUCCAUGGAUCUUCUUCAGACAUCUGUUAUUCCGGAUCUUUCCCAGAAACGCUGACAGGUUAUGAGUAAUGAUGAUCCUCUUGCCAGGAAACCGGGACACACAAAUCCGUCUCAUUUCUCAAGAUGGAUGGAUCAUUGGUUCAGGGACUAUUUACCGUGGCAAUGUAAAAGUUUUACAUUUUAUAUAUAUAUAUAUACUGUAUAUAUAUAGCGCCCAUGUAAACAUAAAAUAUCUUGCAAACCAGUUGCUUCACUUGCAUUUCAGAUUUAAAUACCUUACAUUUAUUUUUAUACUAAAAUCAAUCCAAUAUUAAAUUCUUUGCUAAGGUUUUUUUUUUUUUUUUGCAUUAUAGCAAACUGUCUCUGUAGUCUUAUUAGGAAGCAGACACUUCAGCUGGGCCAGCACUUUUAACAAACCUGAGUGACUAAGGGAAAAACAUGGUUUAAAACUGCUUGUUAGGGCUAAUUUUAAGCGUUUAUGAAAAACAUUGCAUUGAAUGUUAAUCUUUUUAUUGUAGUUGUUAGCUAUAGUCACAACAGACUAGAAAUAAAAUGUGUAAAAGGCUUUAAAAUAAAUGUGACCUUUACUGCAGUUGAAUAAUAUCAGAAAAAGGUCGCCACUGUUCUUUAUCAGUGAGCCUUCAUUAAAAUCCGCAUCAUUUUGUGUAGUGGAGUGAUAAACACUGGUCCUCAUCCAACCUCAUUUCCACAGUUACAGAUUAAAAGUUUUAAUUAUUACUCUGACUGUAGACAUGGACACAUUCACAAAAGUUGGCAGUUUCUUAUGAAAACACAUUUCUUUCUAGCUUGGCAUACACUGUGUGUUUUCUUAGUUAUACAGGACUUGUCAAGUGUAAGCUCUUACAUUUUUCAUAAAAAUAUUUAAAUCCUUUUUAAUGAACAAGAACUGCCAGGGAUUCCAAUAAGUGUGGCACCACAGCCUACACCUUUUUGCCCUAUCCAGUAAGAUAUUUGUAGUUUUAUUAGUGUCAGCUUUUACUACUUCAACCAAAGAUCAACUUACCAGAGAUUGAAAUAAACACACCGAGAGUGUUAUAUAAUUUUAGCCCUGUUCUCUAAAAAAGUACUUGUGCAAAACUGCACGAAUUGUUGCUCUGGUGUUUUUGACUCAAAUUACAAGUGUCUUUUAUACAAUACCUAAAAUAUAUUCCCUACAAAAAUUAAUCAUACUUAAUUGGAAAUGCCAAUAAAGCAAAAGAAAAAAACCUGCUGUCGACUAUGAACAAUUUUUUUUUAUACGUUCAUCUUUGUGUGUUUUCAGUCUGCUUUUUUUAAACUAUGACAUCAUUUAUUGUUCUUUGUAAAGCUAUGCUCCAACAAGGGUUACUCUUACAUUGUGUGUGUGUGCAUUGUCAACAUGUCUAUUCAGAAUAUAAACACUACAGAGACUUCCUGUCUGAGCACCAAACAGAGGGCUGCUUCAGAAUUUGAGGAAGAAAAGUGGGAAGGCAGGGACACUGAGAGAGACCAGAGACUAAAAAUGAUGCUAAAACAAGAGGGAACAGAGGAAAAGCAGAAAAUAGCAGUAAAAUGAGUGAGACUCAAAUCAAGAAUCUACGGCAGAAGCAUAUUGGGAAUUUUUAUUUGCUAAGAAGGGAUACAGUAAGAGAUGACCAUGUAAGAAAAUAGAAAUUAUAUUUCUUUAUGCUUGAUUUUUAUGGGGAGAUACUUUUUAUUGCCUCCUUGCAGGAUGAGUCAAAAUCCUGAUAAGUUGUUUGACUUGAUGUCAAAUUCAGUCUGAAAGGCUGAGCUAUUUAAGACAUGAUUGGUGUUGAACUGAGAAUGGUGCUUCCUUGGACAUUGAGGAAGGAUUUUUGGCUUUCGAGGAAAGGACAACUUUAUUAGGACAAAGUUUUGAAGAGCCCAUAGGUAGUCCGUCGUUUUUAAAAACCCCUGGUAAGUUAACAUCAACAUGGAUGAUCUCAUUAAGUAUGAAAGUUGCAUUGUGUUUUUUAACAGGAAAUUUACCCAGUGACAAGUUGGAUGUUAAAUAUAAAUCACAGAAAGGAAAUGUUCAGUUUACCUGAAAGCGUCUUGUUGAAGCAAUAAUCGGAAUACAUUAGAUCAGCGUGAGAUUUCUGUGCCACCAUCUCACCCUUUGUUUGUCUUCCUCUCAGUAUUUUUCUGUCUCUCAGGCAGUUAGUACAAUCAUCCAAACAGGACUCCCACACUGCUGGAGUUUAUUUGGACAAUGUUGUUUUCAAUCUGCCUCUAGGCCUUUUGUUUUCCUCUCAGUAUCAUUUGACAAUUACCUACAAUUAAGGAUGCAAUAUGUGCAGUAUAACCUGAUCUAUGUAGUUCGAAUCAAAUUUUUGUUCCCCCCAGGUUCAAAAUUACUAACACAAACUCUAAAAUGUUCAUAGACCACCAGUUGGUUUUGCAAAUGCAAACAAUAACAAACAUUUAAACUUCAGCAUUUUUAUGUGGUCUUGCUACUAUCACAAACUCAGUGAAAUUAGAUAAAUGACCAUUUCUGGUUUCAUAGAUCUUUUAUUUAUCUGUUUUUGUGAUCUCACAACUGUAUUCAAUUCUCAAAAUGAGCUAUUAUUUGUCAUUUACUCAGAAUUUCCUGUGUUUCACUAAUCUUCUUUGAAAGGCCAAAAUAAUGGAGAGCUGCAAACCUUUUCUUUGCUUGUCACUCAUCUCUGUAUAGCCUUUGUUUUUUGCAGUUGUUUGCCAUUUCUCUGUGUCCCAGGACCUCCUUCCUAAGCUACUCAACUCAGCUGGAAAGUCAAAUUGUUUUUCAGACUGCCAGGCUCCUGUGGGAACACUCAGUCCUUUAGAAAUAAGUUCAUACCCUUUCCCGAUUUGUGCCUUCCCACAAUGUCAUUGUGAAGAGUGGAGAGGUAUCUUGACCUUUUUAUUGGGUAUUUUGCAACAGGUCUGUGCUUCUCUAUAAAAGAACUAGCCAAUUAUGUUUCUCAGGUUAUAUAUGUAACAGAUUGUAGAGCAGACAAAAUGUAUCUGAAGAGUUUGGUUUAGGCCCCAUAUGAAAUUUAAUUGUUGCAUCAAUAUAUAAUCACAUAAAUAAAGUCACUACUUAUACCAUAGCUUAUCUACAGCAACUUGAAUGAAUACUCACGCCCCUCAAACCUUUUUAUAUUUCUUGACAUAACAAUCACAAAGUUCAAUAUUUUAUUAUUUGAUAUUUUGUGGUAAACCAGCAUAAAGUACUUCAUAAUUGUGUGGACUGUAUGGCGAGACUAUUUUUUUUUCACCUAUUCUUCCUUACAAAAUAACUGACACCAAGUAAGUUUGGAAGAAGAGCAUCUGUGUACAUCAGUGUUCAAGUUCACAGAUAUUAAACUGGAUUUAGAUCUGAACUCAUGAAUAUGCUUUGAUCUAAACUACUUUAUCAUUCAUAACUCUAUUUUGAAGAGAUACAUUCCUGUAGUGUGAUGCUAACACCACAAUGUUCUUCAGCAUCAUUUCAAAGAAUGUCCAUCUUCCUCAUGAUAACUGUCCCCCCAACAUGUCUUUAGCAAACUGCAAGCAGGACUUCUCCUAGCUUUCUUUCGACGAUGCUCCUCUUCUCGGCAUUAUAAGAUAAAGGCCAGACUUCAGAAGAUGUUACUGUAAGAGUCCCAUUCAUUUCCUUCAUUGGUGCUAAUGUACGGUAGCUGGGCUCGUUUUCAUCCUGACAAUGAAUCACAUUAUUCAUGGCUCACCCUCAGUUGAGCAUAUUAUUCUCAUUAGUCUGAGUAAACCAUCAGCUGGUGAUAUUUUGCUGAUUAUUGUGUAAUGAGAAUACAAAAGCUAAUCACACUCUGCCCUCUCUUUGAUUCACACGAGCAAUUAAACCACAUUAGUCAUGCAGGAACACGUGACAUGCUGGCCUUCUCCUGGGAUUUUGUUAUUCUUAGAGAAAUUAGAAUUAAUACAAAAUGUUGUGUUUAUUUUUUCAUGUCAUGGCAGAUUUUCUGCUAGAAUGUCUUUCUAUUUGAAAUUGAUGACUAGAAUUUCAGGGAUUUUAUCAUCAAACUGAAACUGCUAAAUGUGUUUAUGUUGCAUGUUGACAUAAGAUGCCCCUUUUGUCUUGCUUUAAAUAAGCCAUCAUUAUUAUUGUUGGAUGAUUUAUUCUGUACUCUGACUUUAUAAAAUAUUGUCUGACAUAAUUGGAAUCACGAAGACGUUUUAUGUUGAUAGUAAAAUUGUUCUGGAAGUUGCACAAGCCACAUCAAUGACUCUUUCCACUGAAUUAUUACAAACUAACAGCUUAGCUAAUCAAAUUAUAUCGCACAAACCAGGAAGCUAUAAAUACCCUGUCAACACAAAAACAAUUUCUACUCAAUUGCAUUUAGUUUAUUUCAGCUGUGAGAACCAUUUGCCAUCUUUCCUCAAGGAAAAUAAACACACACAGUCCAACUUGAGAUUCACAACCCUUACAGAGUUGCAGAAGUAGGUGUUUAUGAGUCACUGUAAGUGAGAUAAAAACUACACAAAUUUAAUAAUCAGGGUUUUUUUUCAUAUGAGUUAAAGAAUAUACUGUUUGUCUUUCUGAUGAGAAAAUGGAAAUGCACAUGCCAAUGGCCCAUGAGAGAGUAUUUCUACUGGCAGUAAAUGGUAUAUUUAUUUUAUAAAUAGUUGCACCAAAUAGCUCAGAUAUUGGUUUUAAAGUGGUUCUGUCAGUGCGGUUGUGCCAACAACAACAAGCAUGCUGAGGUCAAACAGAGAGAGGACACGUCAAGGCAGAGGUAUGUAGAAAAAGCUAUUCCUGCUCUGAUCUGCAUCUUCAGAUACUGAAUUCAAAAUCAAAAGUAUUCAAAGCUCGCAAAAGUGGCUUGCAAAAGUAUUCAAAGCUCUUGAUUUUUUUUCUCAUUUUUCACAUUAAAACUACAAACUUGUUAAAUUUGGUUUCUAUACGAUAGAUUCAAAUUGUGAAGUCGAAGGAAAACCAGACAAUGAUUACAAUGUGUUUUUACAGAUAAAAAAAUUGACAAGAGCAAUCUCAUAUCUCAUAUUUGUGUUCAGCCUUACUGAGCCAAUACACAGCAGAAUCACCUACAAUUGUAAGCCUUAUGGGGGUUUAACUCUACCAGCUUUGCACAUUAAGAUUUAUUUUUGUAUUUUUUGCAAUUUAGCAAUAAUUAAGUAAUGCUGGAUACAGAGCAAGUGUGAACCUAAACCUUCAAGACUCCCUGUUGAAUUUUAAUCAAAACAAGCAAACAAUGCUGUAGGGAACAGUUUCAUUGAAAGAGCAACAAUUUCAGGAUAAAAAAUCAGCUUACGGUAAUUACUUUUGUUGUAAGUGUUUGAAGUUUUUACUGUCAUGCUUGAAGAUGAGGGGAAAACGUAACACAACAAUGGUGAGUAACAACUGAGACUUUGGGUCCACUACUUAGAGGAAUAUUAGAAAAUGAUUGAAAUUGUAUAAAAAGACAUGCAUGUUGAUAUUUUAAUGUGUGUUUUAAUGUGUGUUCUUCUCUCUUACAGUGCCACUUUUUGUCUGAGUUGCCAGUAUCUCCAUUAUCAACUUAACCCUGUUUUUACACGGUUAAUGUGGGUCACCGCCAACAUGAUGAACUACAAUAAUACUGAAUCCUGCCUUUCUAUCAACACCUCAUUUUCCACCCUGCCUAUAACAAACACCCCAGCUAACAGGAGUGGCAUGGGAGCAUAUCUUGAAAGACUGGCCCAUUUAGACGAAGGACUGUACAAUGAUUUCUAUGGCCUCUGGAUUGCACUGAUCGUCAUAAACUCUGUCAUAUUCCUGAUGGGCAUGGUGCUCAACACAGUUGCACUUUACGUUUUUUGUUACCGUACAAAACAGAAGACCACCUCAGUGAUCUACACCAUCAACCUGGCAGUGACGGACCUCUUGGUGAAUCUAUCUCUGCCAACCCGCAUCUUGCUCUACUACAGCGGUGGAGCUUGCCUCACCUGCUCCUACAUGCACAUAUUCAGCUACUUUGUAAACAUGUACUGCAGCAUCUUAUUUUUAACCUGCAUAUGUGUCGACCGUUACCUUGCCAUUGUGCAGGUUGAAGCUUCACGUCGUUGGAGGAACUCCAGCGUAGCCAAGCUGGUCUGCGUUACCGUCUGGCUGUUUGCCAUCGUGGUCACAUACUCCUUUCUCUCCACUGCAUUCCAGCACACAGGCUGCUGCAUCUCAAAGCUCCUCUUCCUCACAAUCACUGAGUUCUUUUUACCCCUCAUCGUCAUUGUGGUGUUCACUCUUCGCAUUAUGUGGGCCCUGACAGACCACCGACUCAUGCAGCAGAGCAGGAAGCGGAGGAGAAGAGCAGUCCAGCUGCUGACUACUGUGCUGAUCAUCUUCACAGUCUGCUUCACUCCCUUCCACAUCAGACAAGUUUUAUUGUAUUUCUACCCUGACAUGCCCCAUCAAGUGAUCGUGUACCACUUAACCGUCACUCUAAGUAGCAUGAACAGCUGUAUGGAUCCAGUUGUCUACUGCUUUGUAACAAAUAAUUUUAAGGCUACAAUGAAACACAUUUUCCGUCGUGCCGAGCCAGAGCAGACCAGUGGUGACAUUGUCAGUAUGCAGCACAGCUCCAAGGCCUCUGGGGGAACAGUUAGCGCCAUCACCAAUAACAGGAUCAUGAUGACCAGGAUUCCCAGCAUACGACUGAGAGACAUUUUGGAUAACAAUCAUACUCAAUGAAACUGUGCUAGCAAGAGGUGCUUGGUUUUACAUUUGACAGAGAUAAAUAGUUUCUUAAAACAUCUGAUCAUUAAAAUAUGCUUUCCCGUGUAACGACCGUGUAUCUUCACUUAUAGUCAAGAUAUAAGUUUUUAAUAUGAGCUCUACAGCAAAAAGAAAUAUAUGUGGGUGUGACUAAUUAUGGGCAAUGACAAGAGACAGAUUUUGUUUGCAACCAACUUUCAUCAUGCAGAGCCAUCAUCAUCACUCUGUUUUCAUCUGGUGAUGUUGCUUCUCAGAAGACUAAUAAAGGACCUUUGUAUCAUUGCUUGAAUGAGUUAAAGGAUAUACAAUGAAGUCUCAUUGAAGCUUCUUCAGAUAUAAUAAAAUGUAUUGACCUGAUUGCAUUUAAAAAUAAAAGUGUAUUUGCCUUGUAGGCUAAUGCUUUUA